GUUUAAUCUCCGUUCGCUCCCGACAGAAUCCCUUGUAUUCGUCCCAAAAAGUUUGAUAUCGGUUUCCACAGUGUGGAUUUAGUGUUUUGAGUGUUUAGUGUACGUUUUAAAGUGAUAAUCGUCGGCGGCCCCGUCGUUUUUCCCUGUUCACGCUGGUAUGGUGGCCGGAUGGGCCCGGAUGGUCCCUGGUGGAAGCGGGGGGAAGCCGAUUUUUUUGGUAUCGGUCAGAAUCGUUUUUUGCUAGAUGAGCAAAUUAUUGGUUAUUUUUCUUCUUUGUACGUGGUGGUCAUUGACCAAAAGCGAAAAUCCUCGACGGAAGUCGGCAAUGGGCGAAUGAUCCUAGCAGUCGAGCCCAACAUUUUUUUGUGAUACGCAUAAUUGAAUUGAAUUGAACUACGAACGUGGUUGUAGUAUUCUGUGAUGCAAGAUAAAAUUAACUGUCAGGUAGCUGUGAUUUGUUCACAGAAAUGAAAUUUCUACAUUAGUAAAUGAUAUUUUGUCAAAAUGAAUGAACCAAAUAUAAUUUGCAGAACGUGUCUUAAGGUAGUCGAGACAAAUAAAUUCACAUAUAUCGACGAUGAAACAGGUUACGUUCAAAACGUAGGAAACAUCAGGGAGAUGCUUCAAUUUUGCAUUCCAGAAUUGGACCUUUACGUUUCGUCCAAACCUGUAAUUUGUUAUGUCUGCCUCCCAAUCCUAGUCACUGUCUAUAACUUUAAAAUCAAGUGCCUCAGUGGUGAGAACAUAAUCAAAGGAUACAUCACGAGGAACAAUCUAGUCGACUACAAUUACGUGAACCUCAACUGCGUCCUUAUGGACGAAGUAAGAGUCAAAAAUCAAGAUACUCAGAUUGAGAACAAAAUCAAGGAGUACAUGGAAAAUGAUAUAAAAGAAAGUGAAGCAAAGGAUCUUGAGAUAGACAAAGAAUCUGAAUUGAAAGCAAAGGAAGAAGUAACAGUAGAAAACGACGACUUGAUGGAUAUAAAUGAAGAAAAGGUUAAAACGGAAAAGAUAGAAGGCAGCGAUGUUGGUGAUGCGGAAAAUAUUGAAACAGUAGAGCCCACCUCAAACCUAAUUCUCAAGGUUAACAAGAGUCAAUUAAAGGAAAUGGAUACUCCAUGCAACAAAGAAUCAGUUGAAAAUGCAGAGAUUAGACGAAUUAUGAGAGAAAUUGGCAUCAUUCCAUCAGAUGAUAGCUUGCAAUCAGAGGAGAGCUUAUCUUCUGGCACUUCUUUCAACCCUAUGGUCAGCAACAUCUUGCAGAAUGGAGGAGCUCUUAUGUCGAAUACAGAAUGCACCGAUUCAGCUAGAAAAGAUUACACGUGUAAACACUGCCCUUUCAGUACCACAAAAGUGGAACUGUUUGGCAAGCACAUGAGCACCGUGCACCCAAAACCGAUGCUAAGGGUGCCCAAGGGCUUUACCGUUAUUGAGAACUACGCCUGCUACUUAUGCCCCUUCAGUGCCAGCACCAUGGAACUUCUGCGGAAACAUCAUACGAUAUCCCACGCGGAAACCGAAGACACGUUAAUUCUAAACGAUCAUUUACCUCGGACCAACCGCAGCGAAGGCAACGAGGUGACGUAUAAAAGAUCAAACGAAUAUUCGUGCACAGUGUGCACCUAUGUCACGAGGGAUAAAAGUAAUUUCCGCAAGCAUUCGUUUACCCACGGCACGAAGCCGUUGAAAUGUAGCCAGUGUAGUUACGAAUGCGUUUCACCUUACCAACUGCGGAGGCACGUCAAGCAAAAACACGAAGGGGGCAAAGAAAAACGAACCAGGAAUAAACCGUACGUGCUGCCCGUCGUGGGUCCCGUUAAAAGUUCCAGGGACGGUAACAAGGAUGAUAAGAUCACCUUUGGGAAAGUUAAAGAACUCGAGGAAUAUGAAGAUGUUUAAUUGCAUAGAUGAUCAUGUUUGUUUGGUAAAACCUGGUCAGGCUUCUUUUUUUUUUUUGCUGGACUAGGUUUUUCCACACACUUAAGACACUUUUCGGUUGUAAUUUUCUAGUCAUAUUGCGUGCCAUUGUUUUAUUUAUUUAUGUAUUUAUUUAUUUCCCCCAAUUUUUGUAUAUUUUUGUUAUUUAAAAGGAAAAAAUGGUAUAAAUGUUUACUAUACAUAUGAUUAUGUGAAGACUUUUAUAUUUGUAGCUACUUUUAGAAAGUGUUAUCACUAAAAGACCUUUUUUGAAGGUUAUAUUGUUGUCAAAACCCAAUCUGUAUUGUCGUACAUAGAAUAAGUGAGCGCUUCGCCCCAAAUAUUACUAAAUAAACCAGCUAUAUAGAUGAAAUUGUUA